AACAGAGGUGCUACUGCUGAUAUGCCAUAUGGGCCAUCCUUCGCUCCUACCGGCCUACGGAUGCUCUCGUACUUCCAUCUCUCGUGCCCGCCCACCCACGCCCGCUUUUUGCGUAUAAACAUCGCUUUUUACCUUGCAUAAAACUCAGGCACCCCCGCAAUUCCUUCCACAAUUCCUGUUUUUUCUGGAUAACAAAAUUAUUAGAAAUCCAUUGACACGCAUCUCGAAUUUUCCUAAUCCAAACAAACAAUCGGUUGCUCCGCAGUAUCUUCUAUUCAGGGGCGCAAUUUUUUUAAAUUUAGAUUUACAAUAAUAGAUAUGUCGGGAGUUUGGCGAUGGAUAAAAUUAAAAGAGAUAGCUUUGGAGGCGUCGAGAGGGGGUCAUGGUUGGCGGAGGUGGAACCAUCGCCAGGUGCAGAAGAGGCGCCUGGUGAAUUGCUUGCACCUGGAGCCUUUUUUGAAGCGAAGGGGGGGCUUUAUUGUAGUGCAGGAGAGGCACAAGUGGGACCAUAGCGGCAAUGGCAACGGUAAUGGCAAUGGCAACGGCAACGAGUACCACCACAGUACGCGAAGAAUUAGGGCGGAGGCGAAUUGUCCUCGUUGCACUAAGCAAAUGGAUCUCCUUUUCACCAACCGGCCGCACCACCUUAUUCCUCCAUCUUCGUCCAAUCCCAAUCUCGAUGUGCUCGAUGGCGAUGCCUCUGCUCAUCCUACAUUCCCCGCCAAUGACAUCGUUGACCAUAAUAGCAAUAGCAAGAAACACAGGAACAAUAUUUCAUCUACCAGCAGUAAUGAAUCUAACAAAGAUGCAGGUGGGGGAGGAGGAGGAGGCAAUGGUUUCCAGGCCGUAAAUCUUUGCCCCAAUUGCAAGACAGCCUAUUACUUCAGGCCUUUCCGGAUGUCCCCUCUUCAGGGAAGCUUCAUUGAGAUUGGCAGGGUGAAAAACAAGAGCUCUAAUUCCAACGAGAAGUUGCCGCUGGAUCCUCAAGACCACGGGAAGAGGCUUCAGCAAUCCUUCUGGGAGACCUUGAGGUCAUACGGCAGUGAGCCACCUGAGAACUGGGCUCCAACCCAACCACCAUCAGGGAAUGGAAUUGCAGUGCAUACCCCACCUGGUCCACCUUUUGCUCCGGGUGUAAAUGUUGUUCGAGCAUCAGGUCCUGCGGGAAAUGGAGGUGAUGGUAGCAGUAGCAGUCGUAGUGGUGCGAGCAAUGAAGCCAAGAGCGCUUGGGGUGGAUCUAAUCUUGGAAAAAAUUUGCCCACACCAAAGGAGAUCUGCAAGGGACUGGAUAAAUUUGUUAUUGGCCAGAACCGUGCUAAAAAGGUGCUUUCAGUGGCUGUAUACAACCAUUACAAAAGGAUUUAUAAUGCUUCAAUGCAGAAGGGGUCAGAAGCUGAAUCGCAGAAAUUAGAUGAUGACAGUGAUGUAGACCUGGAAAAGAGCAAUGUGCUUUUGAUGGGUCCAACAGGAUCAGGGAAAACACUACUUGCAAAAACUCUUGCUCAAUUUGUGAAUGUACCAUUUGUCAUGGCCGAUGCAACUACUUUAACACAGGCUGGUUAUGUUGGUGAAGAUGUUGAAUCGAUAUUGUACAAAUUACUUACGGCUGCUGAGUUUAAUGUGCAAGCUGCACAACAAGGGAUGGUGUACAUAGAUGAAGUUGAUAAGAUAACUAAAAAGGCUGAAAGCUUAAACAUCAGCAGAGAUGUUUCUGGUGAGGGUGUCCAGCAGGCACUGCUGAAAAUGCUUGAAGGGACGAUAGUAAAUGUUCCUGAAAAAGGUGCAAGAAAGCACCCACGGGGUGAUAAUAUUCAGAUAGAUACUAAAGAUAUUCUCUUUAUAUGUGGUGGGGCAUUUGUUGAUUUAGAGAAGACUAUUUCUGAAAGACGGCAAGAUUCUUCAAUUGGCUUUGGAGUUCCAGUGCGUGCUAGCAUGAGGGCAGGUGGGGUGAUUGAUGCUGCUAUAACAUCCUCUCUUCUUGAAUCUGUUGAAAGUAGUGAUCUCAUUGCAUAUGGCCUCAUACCUGAAUUCAUCGGGCGCUUUCCUAUUUUGGUUAGUUUGUCAGCUCUAACCGAAAACCAAUUAGUCCAGGUCCUUAUGGAACCCAAAAAUGCUCUUGGCAAGCAGUAUAGGAAGUUAUUUAACAUGAAUAAUGUGAAGCUUCAUUUUACCAAGAAAGCCUUACAACUGAUUUCCAAUAAAGCAAUGACGAAAAACACAGGUGCUAGAGGCUUAAGAACCAUACUGGAGAGUCUUCUUACAGAUGCAAUGUAUGAGAUUCCAGAUGUGAAGGAGGGAAAAGAUAGAGUGAAUGCUGUGGUGGUUGAUGAAGAAUCUGUUGGUGGAAUAGAUGCUCCGGGAUGUGGGGCCAAAGUACUUCGUGGAGAGGGUGCUCUGGAGAGAUACCUUGCCAAGAAACGUGAAGGUGCAGCCGAAGCAGAGGUUCAGGAAGCUGAAUUGGAUGUCUCCUCGACAGCAAUGAGCAUAUAGCAUAUGUAAUUGUAAUAAUAGCUCUUUCCCUGUAAAGCUUAUUCAUUCACGAAGUAUAGAUAAGUUAAGUCAUCUUUUAUAAGUAGAAGAAGAUACAUCCGUUGGGGGGAGGAAGAGGGAUACACAUCUCCAUCUGUAUGCAUUCAUUCACUACAAUGUUCCUUCUAUUUUGGACCAUUUAAUUUAUGAUAACCCUUAUCAAUCAACCUUCUUAAUCAUGGAAUCUUCGUUUGUUCCC